GGCACAACCAUAGCUAGAAAUUACUGCUCGAUUGCUAGUCCAGAGCUUGCCUAUCUAGUUAUGUUGCAAAUGCUUCAUCAGUUUCCUUGUGUACUUCCAAACGUGCGUUUCAUAGCCGCACCUGCUCCCUUCUAAAGUUGUUAUAACAAGCUUAUGCGAAGGCCGUAUGUUUGAUCUUACUUCCUGCCAAGGCAGGAUGGUCCAUGUCGGGUUAAGUCUUGUAUGGGCGUGUAUCUUUGGCAUAUUUAUGCUAACAGGGCCGUCAAGUGGGUUAACCGAGGAUUGGAUGGGCCUUAGCGGCAUGGAACGCACAAAGAACCGCCCCGAAUUGGAAUGGGACUGGGGCCAUACGUGGAGCACCGUGGAAAUCAACAAGCAGCCUGUCAGCAUGCUGCUGUCUUCGGUGCUCGGCAAUUACCGGUUCACGCUACCUCGAGACCAGCUGCAUCGCGGGACAGCCUACGUCGGCUCCAGUUCCCGGCUCCGGAGGCUUGUACGUGACUUAAUACUGCCGCGCGAGCAAACCAACUUCAAGAUCGCAGUUAUUGGCGGCAGUAUAAGCUAUGGACAGUUCACCAGCAAGCGAGGAGUGACGGACUGGUUCAGUGUGUUUUCCAAGUGGAUGAUCUCCGCCUUCCCCCGAGCCAACAUCACUGCACGUAACGGCUGCACGCCUGGCGUGCCCACGCCGUACAUGAUUCUGUGCUUGGAGCUGUCCGUGGAUCCGGAUGUGGAUCUGGUGUUUGUGGAGUACACACUAAACGAUGGCACGGAUCCCAGGUUGUUCGACAACUCCAUAGUCAAAGACACGGAGCGGUUGGUACGGCGCAUCCUGGCGCUACCCAACCACCCGGCCGUUGUCUUCAUGCACGUGCCUAUACACGGAAUGGCAAGCUACCCGAAAGGGCAUGAGAAGAACAAGGCGAACGAUGCAUACCAGCCCUUUUACUGGACGUCUGAGGAUGCGGAAGGCGCCAUCUCGCAGUACUACGACGUGCAGUACCUGUCCCUGCGUACGGCACUCUACCGGCUGGCGGUGCACAAGGGGGCGCCCGGGUUCCUGUGGGAGGAUACCUUUGUAGACCACCACCCCGGCGACCACGGGCACAAGGUGAUGGCGGACCUCGCCGUACACCUGCUGCAGCGUACGGCACUGGGGCUGCUGGUGGAGCCGUACGGGCCGGCGGAUGUGGAGGCCGUGCAGGAGCCGCUGCCGGAGCCGAUGUAUCAAUUUAACACGGCGCCCAGCAGCCCCAUGUGUUUGGUGGGCGAGACGUUCAGGUCUCUGGUUGUCGAGUCGGAUGGCUGGGAGUACCUGAACGAGGGCACCGCCGUGAAGCCCAAGCCCGGCUUCGUGGCCAAGCGGCCGGGCAGCCGGCUGCGGCUGCGGUUGGACACCGACCGCUCGGGUGUGGGCAGCCCGGCCGAGGAGCAGGUGCACGUCUACCUGCACCACCUGCGGAGCUACGAGCACAUGGGCAAGGCACGCAUCAGCUGCGUGUCCGGCUGCGCGUGCGAGGAGGUGGUGGUGGAUGCGCACAUCACCCAGCGCGUGUCGCAGGUCUACAUGGCGCGUAUCCUCGUGUCGCAAGCCCGGGAGUGCUUGAUGGAGGUCACGGUGCUGGACCAAACCAGUAGCGGGGAGAACAAAUUCAAGGUUUCGGGGCUUGUGGUGUCCGAGAAGGCUGGCGCUGGCUCAGCAAUGGAGCGGAUCGGAGGGGACAACGCGCACUUCGGGUUGCGACAGCACAGCGGAGAUGCGGUUCAGGUGGUGUGGACGAAGGAGGGCCGCAAAGGAGGGUUCGACGUGCCUCGGAGGCACCGCCGCUGAUGACGGAGCUAGUAAUGCCGACUCCAUUGGGGCCUUUCCUAUACUCGGUAUUCUGCUGGGACCUGCAUUGGGGGUACCUCAACCACGUAGGA